AUGUCUCGGAGAAGAUCAAAUAGAUCGGUUUGUUCGAUCUCGGCGGUGGUGUUCAUCGACGACGACGGAGGAUGGGGAUCCGAUUCGUGCUGCUGGUGAACAAGCAAGGCCAGACGAGAUUGGCGCAAUACUAUGAGUACCUCACGCUGGACGAGCGCCGUGCUCUUGAGGGCGAGAUCGUCCGGAAAUGCCUUGCCCGCACUGAGCACCAGUGCUCGUUCGUUGAGCAUCGGAAUUACAAGGUUGUUUACCGCCGGUAUGCUUCGUUGUUCUUCUUGGUGGGAGUUGACAAUGAUGAGAAUGAACUAGCAAUUCUGGAAUUCAUACAUCUUUUGGUUGAAACCAUGGACCGCCAUUUUGGCAAUGUGUGCGAGCUUGAUAUCAUGUUCCAUCUGGAGAAGGCACACUUCAUGCUCGAAGAAAUGGUAAUGAACGGCUGCAUUGUCGAAACAAACAAGCAGAACAUCUUGACACCGAUCCAGCUCAUGGACAAAACUUCUUAGUCAAGCCUCCCUUCUGCCGAAACCAGUUCGUUGUACUCAUCAGGUGCAUGUAAACAAAAUUGAGUUUUCCGUACUUGAUUCAUCGACAUGAGACUAUUAGAAUUUCACUAUAAAAUUAUCCAAUCCUUGUGACUGUUGUAUUAUUAUUUCAUUUAUAAGUGAUAAUAGCGUCAGUAGUCUGAA